AUGGCCACAAGUACGAAAUUGGGAAAAGAGGACAGUCCCCUUUUUGAUCAACCUACACUGUAUAGAAGCUUAGUGGGGGGCCUUCACUACUUAACACUCUCACGACCUGACUUGGCUUUUGCAGUCAAUAGGUUAAGUCAGUUCCUUAAGUAUCCUAUGACUAAUCAAUGGAUUGCAUGCAAGAGAGUGCUCAGGUAUAUUAAAGGGACUAUUCAGCAUGGACUAUUUUUCCAGAAAAAUGCAAAGUUUCUUUUAGAAGGGUAUGCUGAUGCAGAUUGGGCUAGCGAUGUAAGUGAUAGGAGAUCCACCUCUGGCUACAGUAUCUUCCUUGGAGGCAAUCUAGUUCAAUGGGGUUCUAGAAAGCAAAAAGUUGUUUCACUUUCUUCAACAGAGGCUGAAUAUAGGGCCCUAAGUCAAGCUUCCACAGAAUUAGUCUGGAUUCAGCAUCUGUUUCAAGAGCUUGGAAUUUAG